GAAUUGGAGAUUCAUGCAAUUUGAGACCGUUCAUCACUGUGCAGUUCAGAGUACUAAGAGACUGAGAUUAAAAUGGCUUCCAGAGGAAAGACAGAAACAAGCAAAUUAAAGCAGAAUUUAGAAGAACAGCUGGAUAGACUAAUGCAGCAAUUACAAGAUCUGGAGGAAUUCAGGGAGGAACGUGAUACAGAUGAAUAUGAAGAAACCAAAAAGGAAACUCUGGAGCAACUAAGUGAAUUUAAUGAUUCACCGAAGAAAAUUAUGUCUGGAAAUAUGGCUUUGGUAGAUGAACUAAGUAGAAUGCAGCUGGCUAUUCAGGCAGCUAUUAGCCAGGCCUUUAAAACUCCAGCGGUCAUCAGAUUGUUUGCAGAGAAACAAUCAGGUCAGCUUCAGACAAGGUUAAUCUUGGCUUUGGGGAUAAAGUCUUUGCUCUGGCAAGUUUUGAGGUGGGGAAAAAAACAAAAAAAAUGA